ACGUCCAGCCGCCCAAGGUGCGGCUGUGCGUGCACUGCCUGCAGGCCGUGCUGCCCCGCAAGCCCCCGGCCCGCAUGGAGGCCCGCACGCACCUCCAGCUCGGCUCCGUCCUCUACCACCACACCCGCAACGGCGACCAGGCCCGCGGGCACCUGGAGAAGGCGUGGCUGAUAUCCCAGCAGAUCCCCCAGUUUGAAGAUGUGAAGUUUGAGGCAGCCAGUUUGCUGUCAGAGCUCUACUGCCAGGAGAAUUCCGUGGACACGGCCAAGCCCCUGCUGCGCAAAGCCAUCCAGAUCUCCCAGCAGACUCCCUACUGGCACUGCAGGCUGCUCUUCCAGCUGGCUCAACUGCACACGCUGGAGAAGGAUUUGGUGUCGGCCUGCGACCUGCUGGGCGUGGGGGAGUCCACGGCUCGCGUGGUGGGCUCCGAGUACACAGCCCUGUUUCUGCUCAGCAAGGGGAUGCUGCUGCUGAUGGAGAGGAAGCUGCAGGAGGUUCACCCGCUGCUGACGCUGUGCGGGCAGAUCGUGGAGAACUGGCAGGGCAAUCCCAUCCAGAAGGAAUCCCUCAGGGUCUUCUUCCUGGUCCUGCAGGUCACACAUUACCUGGAUGCCGGCCAGGUGAAGAGCGUGAAGCCGUGCCUGAAGCAGCUGCAGCAGUGCAUCCAGACCAUCUCCACCCUGCACGACGACGAGAUCCUGCCCAGCAACCCCGCCGACCUCUUCCACUGGCUGCCCAAGGAGCACAUGUGUGUGCUGGUCUACCUGGUGACAGUGAUGCAUUCCAUGCAGGCAGGCUACCUGGAGAAGGCUCAGAAGUACACGGACAAAGCCCUCAUGCAGCUGGAGAAGCUCAAAGUGCUGGACUGCAGCCCCAUCCUGUCCUCAUUCCAAGUGAUUCUGUUGGAGCACAUCAUCAUGUGCAGGCUGGUCACGGGACACAAAGCUACAGCCCUGCAGGAGAUCUCCCAGGUGUGCCAGCUGUGCCAGCAGUCGCCCAGGCUCUUCUCCAACCACGCUGCCCAGCUGCACACGCUCCUGGGUCUCUACUGCAUCUCUGUCAACUGCAUGGAUAAUGCAGAAGCACAAUUCACUACAGCACUGAGGCUCACAACGCACCAGGAGCUGUGGGCGUUCAUUGUCACCAACCUGGCCAGCGUCUACAUCCGCGAGGGCAACCGGCACCAGGAGCUCUACAGUUUAUUGGAAAGGAUAAAUCCCGACCACAACUUCCCAGUGAGUUCCCACUGUCUGCGGGCUGCAGCGUUCUACAUCCGAGGGCUCUUCUCCUUUUUCCAGGGAAGAAUAACAACGAGGCCAAGUGAGUCCAAGCGCUUUUUGCGGGAGACGCUGAAGAUGUCGAACGCCGAGGACCUGAACCGCCUGACGGCGUGCUCGCUGGUGCUGCUGGGCCACAUCUUCUACGUGCUGGGCAACCACAGGGAAAGCAACAACAUGGUGGUGCCAGCCAUGCAGCUGGCCAGCAAGAUCCCAGACAUGUCCGUGCAGCUCUGGUCCUCUGCCCUGCUCCGGGACCUGAACAAGGCGUGUGGCAAUGCCAUGGAUGCCCACGAGGCCGCCCAGAUGCACCAGAACUUCUCCCAGCAGCUGCUCCAGGACCACAUCGAGGCCUGCAGCCUCCCCGAGCACAACCUGAUCACGUGGACGGAUGGACCCCCCCCAGUCCAGUUCCAGGCCCAGAACGGCCCCACCACCAGCCUGGCCAGUCUGCUGUGAAUUCCAGCAAAACUCCAGGAAAAUUCCUGGAAAAACUCCAGGAAAACUCCAGGAUAUCCACCAACAACAUCCCGUGAGGGGGGGGAAAAAACAAAGCGUCAAAAACUUGGGAAAAGAAACAAAAAAAAUCCAUGGAAAAGCUUCCGAAUUCCCUCUGGUAGAGAGAAAAACCCAGGAAUUUUCCAGGGAUUCCCAGAGCCUCCGGAGCUGCUUUUCCAGGUGGGAAUGCCCAGGUGAAUGCCAAGGUUGGAUCCUGCAGGGAAUC